CCUGCGAGCGCCGGAGGAGGAGGGAUCGGGGCCCGGCCUCGCGUCUCUGCCCGCAGCGAGCCCGACAUGGCCGAGGGGGACACGAGCACCAGGCCCAAGCAGAGAGGAGGAAGAAUCGUGCCCUCCCGUUACCUGCAGUAUGAAAGGAAAACAGCUGGAAAGGAAACUUCAGACACCAGCCUGUCGUUCGCCAGAGGGCCGGACAGGGUCGCAUCUCCAAAGAGGCCGUCGUUUCAAAAACGCAAAACCUUGGCAGAAACCACUGCUAGCGCAUUGCAGUCAACCAUGCUGGACAAACAUGGGGUUUCCCGGCCUGACCUGGAGCUUUCUGCCAUCAAUGACAAAAGCCGCCACCAGACCCCGGUUUUGAAGCCGAGCGUAAAGAGCAGCUCCAGGAAAAAGCGGACUUUGGUGAGUGCCGACGGGUCAUCGGGCGUAGGACGUGUUUGCCGUCCGUGCGCAUCUCAGGUAUCUUCUGAUUGUGAGGAUCUGAUUGCGUUUCAGGACUCUCAGACUCUGCUGCUAAUGAAUGCCUCCAUAAAGAUGGAGAAAAACCUGGCCCUUCUGGAAGGGGAAGGCGAAAGGAACUUGUUUACGCUGUUCGAGGAAGCGGAGAGGCUGCAGAGGGUCGUGCACGAGAAGAAGCGCCGGCUGCAGCGGCUGAGGAAAGAGCAUGAGCUCACGGAAGCGCUGGACAGGCAGCUGGAAGUGCUCAGCCCGGUUUCCAAGCAAGGCGCACGGUUCAGAGAGGAGUACAAGCACUUUGCCACGGCCCUGGACUCGACGAGACACGAGCUGCCUACAAAGGAUAUCUACUUGGGGGAGAAUAAAUGCCAAUAUCUAGCGGACUUGCAGAAAGGCCUGGCCGAGACGCAGGGCGUCCUGGAGAAAGCCUUGCUGCGGCACUCGGAGGAAAACGCCCGGGCGCUGGGUGCGGCGAAAGAGCUGGAGGAGGCCUCCUUGAAGCUCUACGAAGAGCUGCCGAGGACUUUUGCGCAAGUCCUGGACCUGUCUGCCGGCGUGAGCAAAGAGUCCUCGCUGCAUUACCAGAAAGUGUGCGAAGACACCCUGGGGCUGGAGACGGCGAAGCAGCUGUACUUCCGUCAAGCCGGGGGCACGGCUCCUGGGCCGGUUUUUCCGUCGGCUGAAGCUACGGCACCCCGUGUGUUAUUCCCUGUUCCCCCCCUCCAUUCAAGCUGCUGAGAGGGUCCGUCUCCAAGAGGUAGCCUGGUACCGAAGAACUGAGCGCCGAUGGCAGGAUUUACUGAGAGCGAGAGACGGAAGGCACGAGGGGAACCAAGAUGCCUCCCCUUUUUCUCCCCGUUUCUUGAGCUCAUUAUUCCCAGUUGACUAAGAUAUGCACCUUACAACACUUGUGUUGUUACUAUUAUUUUUUAUUAAAACACUUUUGCAUUGCA